AAUCGCGCUGUUAAAAAGCAAGGCAACCGUCUGUGAAUGGGUGUGCACUGUGCAGAAGCGUACACAUCGCCUGUUUCAAUCUUUUGCCACAAUGGCGAUGUGUGGGACACACGUCCGAAGUUGUAUUGCUUUGACAGUUAGGUGUGCUAGUCAAUGCACAUAUGGAACAUACAAUGGCUCAUCUCAGAGGGCUGUCCUGACUGUCACAUCAAUGAGGAUGUUCUCAACAUCCCAUGCCCGACAAGGUAUUCUGCAGAGGGCAAAUGACAGGUUUGAGAGCUUCUUGGAUCAUCGUUUCCCAGCCUUUUAUGUAUAUUAUCACACAUUUAUGAAGGGUUUCAAGCUCCUGCUUGAGGAUAUGACAGAAGCAAGGAAGAUUAAAGUAAAAAUGAAUACAAAUGGAAUUCCAUUCAAAGAGCUUCCUUAUCGAGAGAUGGAGCGUCUUCGUUUGGUGCGUAAGGAUAUAAUCAAGGCCAUUCCUAUGGUCAUUAUUUCACUGCCUCCCUUUGCUAUCUGUUUGGUGUUCACCCUUAUGUACCUUUUCCCUCGUCAGCUAUUGUUCCACCACUUUUGGACGCCGCAGCAGCAGAGGGACUUUAAGAAGCUUUACCACGAGCAGAGGGCCAGGCAUCACUAUGCCAUCCUGACAGGCAUGGAGAGCUCCAUUCCAUGUGUAGAGAAGUGGAUGCUCCGCAGUCACUUGCAAUCCCUAUGCACCAAGGUCCAAAGUGGUACUCACCCUGAAGUGUCAGACCUCUGGUUGGUGCAGGGCGUCUUCAGUGGCCACCCAUUGGGAUUCAACAAUAUCAGGAACAGCCACAUGAGGUUACUCGCCUCUCAGCUGUUGUUGACGCCGUGGCUGCCUGCCUUCAUGGCUCGCCGGCGGCUGAGUGCCAAAGGCCUGGAGCUGCUGCAUCUGGACCGAGCUCUGAGUAGCCUUGGCGUGGACCAGCUUUGUGACGCCGAAGUCGAGGAGGCUUGCUACCUGCGGGGCCUUGAUACCAGUAGCCUCAGCACCAGCCAGUGGCGAGAAUGGCUUAAGCAGUGGCUCCAGCUGUCUUCCCAGGUCAAAGAAUCUGAGACAUCUUUGCUGUUACAUAGUAUGGUGCUGCUGUCUGUGAAUUACCCGGCACAUUGAAAAGGAGAAGAGGCUUUGGUUGCUUGUGCCAUCAUGCCUCAAGCUCAACAGGCAAGACUACACUCAUGACUGCGCCAUCAUGCCUCAAGCUCAACAGGCAAGACUACACUCAUGACUGCGAAAUGUCAUGCUGCAUUUAGACCAAGAGAAGCACGUUCCUGCGAAGGACAAGACCCUGUUUACACCCACAGAGGGAGUGUUUGUAUGCCUCUCGGCCUGCUCUCAUGAGUUUAAGUAUUCCAGUCCUGAAUACAAUCCAGUCAUCACAGAUCACACACAUACACAUAGACACAAACACACACAAACACACAAACACACACACACACACACACACACACACACACACACACACACACACACACACACACACACAAGUGAAUUGGCAGGUGGUAACACUUCUACUGUCUGAGAGAGGAAAACAAUUCAUUUUUUUAUUUCUAUUUUUGUCUUUGUUUCUCCCACCUGAAACCAUAAACCUUAAAUUGAUGCGCCUGUAUAUCUAACUCUCCUAAAUAUACACAUGAAUACUGGUAAUGUGCUAUUGCUAUUAAUAACACAUGGUAAAGUGACUUACCUGACUAGGGAAGAAUAUGUGGCAUCAUGUAAGGGAUAUACUCAGCAUCAUCUCAUUGAAUACCUAGUGGUCACAGGAACAUUUUGGAUUGCGUAAGUUACAACGGACUGUGCCAACACAGGCUUACUCUAGAAGCUUUCACAGAAGCCUGAAGCUCAUUCUUGUGCCAUUCAUUCGGCAGAUAGUUGAGUGUGAUGUUGGCAUCUUCUUUUUAAAUAUCUGCUUCAAAAGAAGUUUGUUAGCCUUGUUGCUAACCAUUGAUGUUUUUGAGUGGGCAAGAGUCAUCAGUUUACCUCAUUGUCUGAAGUUCUCAGGAUUCUUUUGGGUCUGUAUUUAAUGAUUAUUUAAAUUAUAUUUUAUACAUAUAUGAUGUUUCUUUUCUGUUUCUUUUCAAGUUGUUGUUGUGUUUUUGUUUUGCUAUGCAAGUUUACCAAUGAUGUGGGGGAAUUAUUACUUCUGUAAAACGAAGAAAAAUGAGACUGGCUUGUAAAUGAAAAAGAGAGCUGUCAGUAUGCCCUUCAAACUUUCAGAAAGGGUUAGCACUGAACCCGAAUGCAUAGUGAGGUUGGGUACUGGUUGGGCUAAAGCACUAAGGCUAUUCAUCUGGUCAAUGUAUCCAUUUCUUUUCUCAUGGGAUUUGACAGUGAGAGGGAAGUAUUGGCACUUACUCUGUAAAUGCGCAUCACGAUACAGGGACCACAAUAUACAAUGUGUACUGGAACAGUCCUAUACCACAACUACAUGUCGGAAUGUUGAUAUUUGCAAUAAAUCAGAUACGUACAAAGAAA